AUGAUACCUGAUUCUGAAGAUUUCAAGUUAGAUUACAAUGGUAGUAUUUGUACUUUGCUUAUCAAAGAAGUUUUCCCAGAAGAUUCCGGAAAGUAUACAUGUGUUGCGAAAAAUAAAGCUGGAAUGGCUUCCAGUAGUGCAGAACUACUUGUUGAAGGUAUUGAUAACUCAAUUACCCUGUCCGAUGCUGAGAGCAGUGAAACUCUGGUGUCGAGAAGGACCUUGUCAAGGGAAUCAACACUAGAAGAGCCAGAGGGAAUCAAACCAGCUUUCAUGGAAGUUGGUAAACCAAAGGAAGUUCCAGUAGGACAGACGCAUGUUAGCUUUGAGUAUAAACUGAUUGCUGCACCAAGACCUAAUGUUGUUUGGUAUCACAAUGACCAACUGUUAGAAGACACAAAACGUGUUCACUUGAGUGUUUAUGCAGAUGUCCACAUGUAUUUCUUGUCUUUGGAGAUAAAUGAUGUGACGUUUGAUGAUGCUGGCAUUUACAGAGUAGAAGUCAAGAAUAAAGAAGGGGAGACAACGUCUUCAGUGAAUUUAAGUGUCAUAGAACCCCUGCCAGUGGAACCAAUGGAACCUCCAGAAUUUAUUGUACUUCCUCAAAGUCAGACAAUCACAGAAGGAGAAAAGGCUGAGUUCAAAUGUCGAGUGAUUGGUAAACCGAAACCAGAUAUUAUAUGGUUACAUGAUGACAAACCAGUUAGUGAUGAUAAAGUCUUUAUAUCAAAGCAUGAUGAUGUUGAUGUUUAUAGCUUGACACUACCAGAAGCUUUCCCUGAGGAUACUGGUACAAUUACAAUUGAAGCAGUUAAUCCUGUUGGAAAGGCUAAAUGUUCUGUACAACUUAAUGUUCGAGAAGAAGAGGAAGAAGUGAAAAUAAAGAAAGAAAUCACUGUUGAGAGGAAAGAAGUUGUUACUGAACAAAAGAUUGAAAUAGAAACUGCUCCUGAAGAGGUACAAUUCCAACUUGAACUACCAAGCGGUGAGCCACCUAAGUUUGUGAAGGAACUUACUGGAGUGGAGGUCCCAGAAGGGGAACAAGCUACAUUAGAUUGUAAAGUAGCUGGUAAACCAAUGCCUAAUAUCUGCUGGUAUAAGGACGAGGAUGUGAUCAGGCCAAGCCCACACUACUCUGUUAUUACUGAUGAUGAAGGCAAUUGUACCCUGAUUAUACCCAUUGUGACAGAAGAUGAUGAUGCUGAGUACACAUGUAAAGCUACAAAUGACUUCGGUUCUGCUUCAUGUUCUACUGACAUAUUUGUGAUUAGCAAAGAAACUAAAACAGUAGAAGAAAUUGUCAAGGUUGAAACAACUACAACUACAACGACAGUAGAAGUCAAGCCAGAGGAAAUAAGCUUCCAGCUGACGCCAGAAGAGAAACCCAAAGCAGAUGUGGUUGAAGCUGAAUUUAAGGUGGAACCAAUGAAAGAAGAGAAAGUUGAGGUUGAAAUGAAGAUGAAACCAGCCAAAGCUGAAUUUGAGGUAUCCAUUGAUCAACAGCCACUGGAAGAGGUUUCAUUUGAGAUCAAGAAAGAAGUGGGGGAACCGCAGGUUACAUCAGCUGAAGUAGAAUUUAAAAGACCAUCAGAGGAAGUAAGCUUUGAACUGGAGCUGACACCAGAAGAGGAACCCAAACCGACUUUAGUAGAGGCUGAUUUGAUUGAAGCACCAGUUGGAGACGAAGAGGAAGUUAUUGACAUUGAUUUAGAAGACAAAGAUGUUGAAAAAGCUGCUGUUCAGAUUCAAGCUGCAUUCAGAGGUUUCCAAGCCAGAAAAGAAGCCAUCGAGAUUGAAAAGGCUCUUGAACCACCAGUGUUUGUCAGAAAGAUUGAAGAACAAGAAGUUGAAGAACGACAACGUGUUGUAUUCGAAUGUGAAGUGACAGGAUCUCCAAGACCAGAAGUGACAUGGUAUUUGGAUGGUGUCCAAAUAGAUGAAGAUGACCAUUAUGUGGUAGAAUACAGUGAGAGUGGCAUCUGUACUUUGAAAAUUGCAGAAAUCAGCAUGGAUGAUGAAGGAGAAUUUGAAGUGAAGGCUGUGAAUAAAGUAGGAUCUGAUGUGUGCAGAGCUGAACUGUUUGUACUGCCUGCAAAAUGUCCUCCAUCAUUUGUGAUUAAGCCAGAAAAUAUAGAAGCUGUCAAAGCUUAUCCUGCUGAAAUUCGCUGCAAAGUCCAUGGCAUCCCAACUCCAACUGUGAGCUGGUUCAAAGGAUGGAAACACUGUCAAGAAGGCAAUGAAUACACUGUGACUUUUGAUAAAGACACCAAUGAACACAUCUUUAUUAUUAAAGAGAGCAAACCUAAAGAUAGUGGUAAAUAUGUGUGUAAAGCUACAAAUGACUUGGGAGAAGAAAAAGCCAGUUUUACAGUGACACUAAUUGAAAAACCACCCACACCUGAACCGGUACCAGAGCCAGAACCUGUGGAAGAGGUUGCUGAAAUGGUUGAAGAAGUGAUGAAAGUUGAAGUUGCCAAACCUGUUGAAGAAGAACCUAUCAUCCAGGAAGAGAUUACACUUGAGGUUGAAGUACCUGUGGAAGAACCAGUACGUGAAGAGAAAGUAGAGGUUGAAAUAAAGAUGAAGCCAGCCAAAGCUGAAUUUGAGCUUUCCAUUGACCAACAGCAAAUGGAAGAGGUGUCAUUUGAAAUCAAGAAAGAUGUAAAAGAGCCACAGGUUACAUCAGCUGAAGUAGGAUUUGAAAGACCAUCUGAGGAAGUAAGCUUUGAAUUGGAGCUGACACCAGAAGAAAAACCCAAAUCAGCUGUAGUAGAGGCUGCAUUGAAGGUCGAACCAGUCAGUGAAGAGAAAGUUGAGAUUGAAAUGAAGAUGAAGCCAGCCAAAGCUGAAUUUGAGGUAUCCAUUGACCAACAGCAAAUAGAAGAGGUUUCAUUUGAGAGCAAGAAAGAUGUGGGAGAACCGCAGGUUACAACAGCUGAAGUUGAAUUUAAAAGACCAUCAGAGGAAGUAAGCUUUGAACUGGAGCUGACAUCAGAAGAGAAACCCAAACCAACUUUAGUAGAGGCUGAUUUGAUUGAAGCACCAGUUGGAGAUGAAGAGGAAGUUAUCGACAUUGAUUUGGAAGACAAAGAUGUUGAAAAAGCUGCUGUUCAGAUUCAAGCUGCAUUCAGAGGUUUCCAAGCCAGAAAAGAAGCCAUCGAGAUUGAAAAGGCUCUUGAACCACCAGUGUUUGUCAGAAAGAUUGAAGAACAAGAAGUUGAAGAACGACAACGUGUUGUAUUCGAAUGUGAAGUGACAGGAUCUCCAAGACCAGAAGUGACAUGGUAUUUGGAUGGUGUCCAAAUAGAUGAAGAUGACCAUUAUGUGGUAGAAUACAGUGAGAGUGGCAUCUGUACUUUGAAAAUUGCAGAAGUCAGUAUGGAUGAUGAAGGAGAAUUUGAAGUGAAGGCUGUGAAUAAAGUAGGAUCUGAUGUGUGCAGAGCUGAACUGUUUGUACUGCCUGCUAAAUGUCCUCCAAUAUUUGUGAAGAAACCAGAAGAUAUAGAAGCUGUCAAAGCUUAUCCUGCUGAGAUACGCUGCAAAGUUCAUGGCAUCCCAACUCCAACUGUGAGCUGGUUCAAAGGAUGGAAACACUGUCAAGAAGGAAAUGAAUACACUGUGACUUUUGAUAAAGACACCAAUGAACACAUCUUUAUUAUUAAAGAGAGUAAACCUAAAGAUGGUGGUAAAUAUGUGUGUAAAGCUACAAAUGACUUGGGAGAAGAAAAAGCCAGUUUUACAGUUACAUUGAUUGAAAAGCCGCCAACACCUGAACCUGUACAAGAGCCAGAACCUGUAGAAGAAGUUCUUGAAAUAGUUAAAGAAGAGAUAACAGUUGAAGUUGCGAAACCUGUUGAAGAAGAACCUAUCAUCCAGGAAGAGAUUACACUUGAGGAUGAAGUACCUGUGGAAGAACCAGUCAGUGAAGAGAAAGUAGAGGUUGAAGUGGAGAUGAAGCCAGCCAGAGCUGAAUUUGAAGUUUCCAUUGAGCAACAGCAAAUGGAAGAGGUGUCAUUUGAGAUCAAGAAAGACAUAGAAGAGACACAGGUUACAUCGCUGAAGUCGAAUUUGUAA